GGAAUUAUAAAGAAAAGAGCCAGACACACUCUUCAUAGUGGAGUUCGUCUCGGCCGGCGAAAAAUUUCGUGUUCAUUCGUGAGAGAACCUUUGGGUCGUGUAGACGCCCAUUCCUCGUUGUGGCCAAAAAGAAAAAGAAGGAAAAGAAAGAUUUUGUUUCUUUUUCGUGUAACUUCUACGCGUUACGAUGUGUGUGUGUAAUUGUGCCAGUGCGUGGUGUGUGUGAAUGUGUGAUUGUUUCUCCCAAACCAAAAAUAAAAGUUCCAUGUUUCAUCUCACGAGAGUCUGAAAGAAAAGCAGCUGCCGCCAUUCGAAAGCCAAAAAAGAACUUUAGUAUUUAAUUUUUUUUUUUUUUUGUGUGUGUGUUCCUAAAAUUUCGAGAUUGUGUGUGUGUGUGGUUUCUUUCCUGGAAAACGUGCAUCGUGAUUGAAUUUCCAGGACCAAAUUGCACCGCAAAAAAAAGUUUCUUUUUUUUUUUUGCUUUAUUUGUUUUUCAAAAAAGCAAAUCGAAAAAGAUCAUGGUCUUUGUGGCCCAACGUGUCGUCAACCUGGACACUACAACACGAUCACAUCAUGGCUCCUGAGGAGCACAACUUCAACAACAACAUUUUGGAUUGGCAGGUUGCAGAAGGGCUCCUCCUCCUCCUGGUGGUGCAAGUUGAUCGAACGUUGAUGUUAUCAUCGUCCGUCAAUUGGAUGAAGAACGAAUCGCAAAAAAAAAAGGAGAAAGAAAGAAAGAAAGAAAACCCCAAAAGGCAAAGGAAUCGAAUAGGAGAUGGGGGCCCGAUCGUGGUCGUCAUCCGCCCCUUCAGUUCCGUCAUCUCAUCACCACCAAUCGUCGACAUCGACAACAACGGCAACAACAACAACAACAACAGCAGCGGCGGCGGGCUCGUUCUUUUCAUCGUCUUCGUCUUCGCUCUCAUCGUCUCCCUCCUCGUCUCCGCCUUCGUCUUCGUCGCCGUCGCCCACCGGCGCCAAGAAACACCACCGUCACAACCACCACUACAACCACUUGCAACAACUCUUACCCAAACAGACGCCAAAAGACGAGCGUCACGCUUUCUUUCGGAUUCCAGUGACUGGAGAAGGCAAGAAAAAGCCAUUGGACCUUACGGCGGAAUCGGUGGCGACGACCAAGGCGGCCCUGGCCGCUGCGGCCCAACGGGCCGAAAGGAACCUGUCGGUCAAACGGGAUUUGGCUCUCGACUUGCCCACGUGUCCCACCUUACCCGAUGGCGAGGAGAAACCUUACGGAUCGUCCGCUCGACUCCGCAUCCGCGACCACGAUCAGGAGAGUGAAAUUUAUCAGGAGUGCAUCCGGCCGCCACCCAACCGGACGGUGCACGAAACUCCCACCAGCUUUCCACCAUUCCGCUGCAAUUCAGAAAGCAUCCUGACGGAUCCUGCGUCCGGUUCCGGUCGUGCCGGCCAUUCGAAAACGGCCGGUCCGUCGUGCUCGUCGUCUACCAAUUCGCAAUCGUCUUCAUCGUCCUCGUCGUCCAUCAUGGCCGUCUAUUGCUGCACGUCGGCGUCGUACAGCAGUUCCACCAGCUCCCUGUCGUCCAGCAGUUACGGGAGCAGCGGUGGUGGCUACGCCUACAGGCAUUUAGCCGGCCGUCCGCAUCACCACCAACCACAGCAACAACAACAACAACCACAACAACAACAACCACAACAAAAAGAACAACACAGUGUCGAGAGUAAAAAGGAUUUGUUUUCGAUUCCGACGGCCACGGCCAGCAGCACGCGAUUACUCCUGGACAUUCACGGCCAGCCGAUCGUCACCCGGAGUAAGAGUAUGAGCACGGGCAGCAGUCUCCAGCAGCCGCCGCCGGACGCGGCUUCGUGUCCGGCUGGUUCGUCGUCCUCGUGCAACAUGUUGGCCGUCAUGGUGCCGCUUCCGCCUCCGUUGCCGUCUCAUCAGCACCAACAUCAACAGUUUUCUAUUCCUCCUCCUCCUGCUGCAGUGGCGGCCUGCUCUGCCGCUGCUGGUGCUGCCGCCACCACCACCACCACCAACACGAAAACGUUGGAGUCGGCCGUCAAGUCGUGCGUGCGUUCGUUUCGCGAUCGAGUCCACCCGUCGAGUCCCAAGACGUCGUCUGCUACGGCGGCUGCCAUCAGCUGUUCGAGUCAGACGGCCACGGCCGGCGGUGGAGGAGGAGGAGUGGACAACGCGGGAUUUGUUGAAUCCACCAGUGGCGGUAGGUGGGCGAGUGCGACGCUGGCCGAACGUCAACAACACCACCAGGACAACAGUACCAAUAACAAUAACAAUUAUCCGCUGUCGACAGGCGAGCCAUCUAGCGGCACCAGUCGGAGUAAACUCGCCAGUCUGCCGGUUGUACCCUGCGCCUCCGCCUCUACCACUUAUUCUUCAUCAUCUUCUAAUACGUCGAGUCAAACCAGACGGGACCUCUAAAAGAAAAAAGAAAAAAACAAUCAUUUAAAAAAAAAAAAAAAAAAAAAAAAAAAAUUAAUGAAUAUAUACAUAAAAAAAAUAAUAAUAAAUUUAAAUGAAAAAAAAAAAAAGAAAAAGAACCAACAGGCAGAACGAACAAUAUUGGUGGAUUUGAAAAAGGAAAUUUUUGGCGGAUGGGACGGAAGUGUUGUGUGUGUGGUUUUGCGCUUAUAGGGACAAAUAACAACAAGACAAGUUCUUCAAUUUUGGGUGGCUUUAAGGGGAUGGGUAAACCGGAAGCUGAUCGGAGAGUAUCUCAAAGUCUUUCAUUGUGCGUGUGUCCAAAGUAUUGGUUAGCUGGAAAAGGAAUUAUUAUUAUUGUUUUGUUUUUUUCUCUCUCUCUCUCUCUCUCUCUCAUACGAAACGCCUACACACGUUACACACCCAUUUUGUGCUUUCUUUCUUCGUUUUUUUCUUUCGCCUUUUUUUUUUUUCUGGGCCAAUAUAAUUUUUCUUUUUUUUUUUCCGUUUCCGAACUGCCCAUUUUCGUGGCUCUCCCCAGUGCUGAAGAAUAUUGCGUCGCAAAAAAAAAAAAAAAAAAAAAAAAAAAGUGGUGAACUAAAAAUAAAUUUAAAAAUUGAUGCUGGACAGUUGGUGACAUCCGCCUCAUCCACACAACACGACCUGUUUGGUGUGAGAAGAAGAAAAACAAAAUUAGGCCUCUAUUUCUAUUAUAAUUAUAUUACUGUAUACCUUCGGGCUUUCUAUACCAAUUUUUACGUCUUCUCGCCCCUCCCCCUUUUUGUUUGAUUUCGAUCGUUUUUGUUAUUAUUAUUAUUUUUUUUUAAAUUGACUUUUUUUGUUUUGUCCUCCGUGAAUACGCAUCUUCACAAUAUGCCCCCCCCCCCCUAUCGCCUCUCACUUCAUUUGUUUUAUCACAUUAAUAUUAUGUUUAAAAAGGUCGGCUUCUCCGCCACGCCCUACCAUAUGAUUUGUUUUUUUGUUUUUUUGUUUUUGUUUUCUGAUUUGAAAGAAAAAACAAAAAACAAAAAAUGAAAAAUUCAUCAAAUGAAAAAUGGAAGACGAUAAAAAAAACAAGCAGCUCGGGACCAGCCGUGAUUGCAAGCGUGAUUGUGUGUACGUGUGUGUAUAUAUAUAUAUCAAGUGAGGAACCUAAAAAAAAACAAAAACGAAAAGAAACGAGUGUGAACGCCAAGUGCAUGUGUUUAUGCUUCUCCAGAAAAGGGGAAGAAAAUCAAGAGGAUACAUAAAGUCUUUGUCCUCACCCGCCCUCCUCCUUAAUGUAUGUAUUUUAUAUUUUAUUUUAUUUUAUUUUUUUUUUCGUUUCAUGUUUCACUUCACGAAAAUGUU